CUUCGUCAGUCUGAGUCGUCUUCUUUCCCGAUUAGAGAUAAGAGAUGAGGUUGGAGAAGUGCUGGUUCUGUUCGUCUACUGUGUACCCAGGGCAUGGGAUACAAUAUGUUCGUAAUGAUGCUAAGAUCUUCAGGUUUUGCCGUUCCAAAUGCCACAAAAACUUUAAGAUGAAACGUAAUCCUCGCAAAGUAAAAUGGACAAAGGCAUACAGGCGAUUGCAUGGGAAAGAUAUGACCCAAGAUUCAACAUUCGAGUUUGAAAGAAAACGAAACAGGCCAGAAAGAUACGACAGGAAUGUUACAGAGAACACACUCAAGGCCAUCAAGAAAAUUGAUAAAGUCAGAGUUGAUAGGGAGGCUAGACACCAUGCAAAGAGGAUGAAGGGAAAGAAGGCUCAGUUGCUGAGAGAGGCAACGAAGGAACUGGAGCAGAGCAUCCACAUGGUCAAAGCCCCGGCUGCACUUCAACAAGACCCCUCGCUCACAUUGCCGAAGAUCAAGGUCAAGGUCACCCAAGAACAAACAGAGGGCAACGGGAUGGUAGAGUAAUCGAAUCGCUUCCCCAAUCUGUCGUAAAAGGUCCGUGUUAUAUCUUCAGAAUAGCAUUUUAUCUCUCGUGUAAGCCGGACCAAUUUUUUGUUUUGUCAACACCAUGCUCUUCUGUCUUGAUGGAAAUUCGUCGUCUCAAUGUUUGUUUUCUGUAUGUUCAUUUUUGUGUGCUAAGGUUUUCUAGAUACAAUGAUCAUACAAAAUGUUUAAGUAUCCAUAGAAGUUGUGUUCAAGCAUCCCAUGUCUUAUAAUCGUUUUUGAAAGAAGAAACACCCUUAAACGGGCCAUUUAGUGUAUUUAGGUGAGUGUCUACGCCUAUCAAUCAUUUAUAUAUAGACAACAUAUGCAAUACUUUGUUCAAUAUGAGAGCACUUUUUUAUACUGAUAACACGGGAUCAGAGCGUUAUGCGAGCUGAACGAGCUCAAGUAUUUGUUGGCAUUAGUGCUUUAUUACACACAUAAAAUUCAACCACUCGAUUGAAUCACAAGAAAGAAGCAAACAAGUCCAAGAUUUAACAAGCACACCAACAAAACCACACAUUACAUAUCAUUUCCAACAUCAACAGAUCAACGCCUAAGAGCAAGACCUUCGUCGAUCUUUUCGAGCACUUUCUUCCACGACUCCCGGCCAGAGAUCUCCCCCCACCACCGCCACACAUUCU